ACCGAAGAAUCUGAAACCGCGAAACCAUGGCCACCGUCUCCUCCCCUCCUUUUCAGUUUCCGGUUCCCAAACUCGACCCCGAACCCGACGACUCCGACCCCGACCCGACCCGACUCCCCACCAUCUUCAACCUCUCCUUCAACCAGGACCACGCCUGCUUCGCCGUCGGCACCGACUUCGGCUUCCGCGUCUACAAGUGCGACCCCUUCGUCAUCACCAUCCGCCGCGACUUCUUCACAGGCGGCGGCUUCGGAUUGGUCCGGAUACUCAACACGUCCCAAAUCUUCGCCAUAGUCGGAGGCGGACCCGACCCGGUCUACCCGGCCAACAGGGUCAUGAUCUGGGACGACCACAAGUCCCUCCCCAUCCACGACAGGUCGUUUCGCUCUGAGGUCAGGGGGCUCAAGCUCCGGAGCGAUCGACUCGUCGUCGUUUUGAACCAGAAGAUCGUCGUCCACAGCUUCCCUAAUUCGAAGCCUCUGCACGAGAUUUUGACCGCGGAGAACCCUAAGGGGCUGUGCGAGGUGUCGCAGAGUCCGGGUCCGAUGGUGCUGGCGUGUCCGGGGCUCCAUAAAGGUCAAAUUCGGGUCGAGAAUUACGCUUUGAAGCGGACCAAGUUCAUAAUGGCCCACGAUUCCAGUCUCGCCUGCUUUGGGCUCACUCCGGACGGCCGGUAUUUGGCUACGGCGAGCAGCAAAGGGACUCUAGUUAGAGUUUUCAGUACUUCGGAUGGUACAUUACUCCAAGAGGUCAGGAGAGGAGCAGACAGAGCAGAGAUUUACAGUCUUGCUUUCUCUUGUACUGGCCAAUGGCUAGCUGUGUCUAGUGACAAGGGAACUGUGCAUGUUUUCAGUGUAAAGGUUGGUUCAGGAUCCAUGGAAAAGGAUAGAUCACGCGGUACAUCAGAAGGCGGUGUUCCUAAUCCAUCAGGCAUUUCAUCUCUGUCUUUCAUCAAAGGUGUGCUGCCAAGGUAUUUCAGCUCAGAAUGGUCGGUGGCCAAAUUUCACUUGCAGGAAGGUCUGCAGCAUAUUGUUGCCUUUGGCAAGCGGAAGAACACCAUCAUGAUUGUUGGCAUGGAUGGAAGCUUCUAUCGAUGCCAAUUUGACCCUGUGAAUGGAGGAGAAAUGACGCAGCUUGAAUAUCAUAACUUCUUGAAGCCAGAAGAAACUUUCUAAAUUCUGUAAAGACGAGGAUUUUUAUAGUAUCCCUGGUAAUAUUAAGGUGUUAUAUUUUGGGUUAAAUACUGUUUACUCCCUAUACUUAUAGGAUUUCAUCGUUUCAGUCCCUGACUUUCGAAUUUCACCUUAAAAGUCCUUGAACUCCCAAUUUCCUCCCAAUUAGUCUCUGUCAUCAAGCAUCCGUCAAAAACUCCAUUAUCUUCCCUUAAAAAGUCUAUUAUACCCUCAAUUAUUUAAAAAAAAAAUUAUCUUCUUCUCUUUUUUUAUUUUUAUUUUUGUACUUCUUAUUCUUCUGGCUCUCUUACCUCCUUCUAUUCAUCUCCUCAUCAAGAUGGUUCCAAUCCACACACCUUCAAGAGGUGAAAUGAAAAAAAGAAAUAAAAGAGAGAGAAAAAAUAAAUUUAAAAAAAAAAAAGUAAGUGAGGGCAUAAUAGAUAUUUUGGCAAUUUUAACAGAAAAUUUUGACGGCAGGGACCAAUUUGGAGGAAAUUAAGAGUUCAGAGACUUUUUAGGUGAAAUUCGAAUGUCAGAAACUGAAACGAUAAAAUCCUAUGAGUAUAGGGAGUAAACAGUAUUUAAUCCUUAUAUUUUCUUUAAUUCUUUAGGUGACCAAAAAUACAUUGUAAAUAUCUGUGGAGUUAAAAUUACUGUACAUAAAUUACAGUUUCUGGUGCCUUCAUUAGUUACA